AUGUUGGCUCCGCAGACUGGGAAUCACGCGUUGUCGGAAUUUCGACACUUCUUCAGCAACAGUGGCUUGCAGCAAAUCGCCGAUAACCUGCGCUUCCGGAGCCCAGAUCGAGACGAGAGCUGUACGGCUGUUCCCACGGCGGAAUCAUCAUCUCAAAAUGCUAGGACCGCAAGGGAGUCUUGGGCACAAUCCUCAGCCGUGAGCGGACGUGAAUCUCUGACGCAACGACGACAAAAUUCCUCUGCCAUUUCCCGUACGGAUGAUCAAAAGGAGACCCCGGGGUUUGUGCCUCCAUCGAAUCAAGCAUGCCGCAGAUACCUCACCUCUUGCGUCAAGAACAGCAGAUUCGCUUUUGUGAGUGAAAGCAUUCUUAACGACGAUGUGCACCCUGCCCUGCGCUUUGCAACACUUGCUCUAGGCGCACUGUAUCUGUUUGAAGCUCGCAAUGCGAAGUCGAUGUUCGACUUCAGUCGAAAGGCGGCACUCCAAGCUUGGACUGCCUCGCCAGAGUACGGCGGGCAUGGGACUUCAAGAACUGUAUCUGGUCAUCUGCUCGCCGCUUUUCUCCUGCUCUCAGAGUUCGUCGGUUUAGAUCAACCGGCCCAUCUUGUGGACGAACUCCAAGUUCUUGGAAGUGCCAUAACCUUCUACGCGAGGUCUUGCAAGGAUUUAUCCGAAAAGACAUCGGCAGCCAUCGAUGAAUCUGUCGAGAUCUGUCAGACAUCCCGACUCAUGAGAGCGUGUUCUGUCUACACCUCGGCAUUACAGAGCUUCUUACUAGGCUUGCCCGAUAUGCCUCGACCGAGCGAGUUCUUUUUUGAAAUCCCUGCUCCAACUCGGGCGAGGGUCCGAUCCAAUACUAACACCCUACGAGAGCCGGAACAGUUGCCUGGCUACUCUCAAAACGACAAUAUGAGUACACUGAUGGAAGAAGUGAUUUUGCAUGUAGAGAGCGCAGGACGCUCAAGUAACGGCGACUUUUGUCUCUCAGAACUCGAGCCUUGGACAACGUUGUCACUGGUUGCGUGUCUAAUCUCACGACUGCAUUUGGCACGAGAUGCAGUUGUGCUUGGGCUGCCUACGGAACCACUGGUUGCAGAACAGGACCGGCUUCUACUGGUGGACAGGAAGACCCUGAGUUUCGUCAAGUCCAACAUGAGCCGUCAAGCUGCUCGGCCAUCGCUCCCGUCGCCACAGCAGCAUAACGCGAACGAAACGCACAGCCUGGUCUGUCUCGCACAUUUACGAGCCGUCUUCCGUACGGACUUGAAGUACGACAGAGACCCAUCCCAGCUUGCAGCGACGUUGAGGGAUUUUCGAUUCCGGGCUGAUAAGAACGCCUCUCAUUUGUUACUGUCGUCAGUCGAGAAUUGCCUCGAUUCUCUGGAGGAGCCCGCGAAUACGGGGUUCACGUACUACGUCCGCCAGAACGCCAGUCUUUGGGGUUUAUCAGGCGUCAUAUGGGCAUUUGAAUCUGCUGUGUUCCUGAGCAAGUGGCUGGAUCAAUACACCAUCGGGACUUCGCCCGUUCAAGACGGGUUGGUCGAGCGAGCAAAGCACCUGGUGGCGAUGGCAUGGUCAUCAGUGCACGAUGAUGUUAACUCACCAGAUGAAGUGGAGUCGGACAGCCUGCCGCGGUUAACUCUUGGAUUUUGGGGACGUCUUCUCGGAGCCCUUGAGGCCAAGCCGUUUGCAUUGCGCCUAGGAGCAGCCCUCGGUGUCUUGGCCUCGUUUCACGAUUUGCCGCAAAGGGCAUGA